AUGGAGCGAGUGUCUGGGCUGCUCUCAUGGACGCUGAGCUGGGUGUUAUGGCUCUCAGGCUUUUCUGAGCAGGGAGCUGCCCAGCAGCCCCACAUCACGAAAGAGAAAGUUCUAGAGGUUUAUGAUUUGAUUCUAACUAUCCAGGACCCAGAAAAGCCCAAUACUUUAGAAGAACUAGAAGUGGUAAUGGAGAGUUGUGUGGAGGUUCAGGAAAUAAAUGAAGAAGACUAUUUGGUUAUUAUCAAGUUCACACCAACAGUACCUCAUUGCUCUUUGGCAACUCUUAUAGUUGGAAAUCUACAUUUCUGAAGGAACUCACUCAAAAGAAGAAGAUAUAAACAAGCAGAUAAAUGACAAAGAGCGAGUGACAGCUGCAAUGGAGAACCCCA